UAUAUAUUAAAAAACGCCACUUUCAAUUGCAUAUUAUAUUAAAAAACGCCAUGAUUACAAUUAUCAGAUUUCUUUAUCGCCCAACUCUUCACAUCUCCACCACCACCACUACUCGCCGACACCACUCUCUCUCCGCCGUCCGCCGCCGAGCUUUCUCCGCCUCGCUGCAGCCAUUUUCCCCUUAUCGAGAGGUUCGUAUCCUAGAGAGACUGGACGAGUUUAGGUUUGGGGUUUUGUUGAAUGUCAGGUCGCCGAUGAGUUCGUUACCUUCGCCGGCGCUGCCGGCUCAGCAGGUCGACGGCGGAGUGCUGGAGGCCGUAAACGACGACCACGGAGGAGUGAUAGUUGAAAUGACCAAUGGGCUCCUGGACGCCGCCUCUUAUGUUCCCUUACUCAGAACAUCGCUUUCCCACUGGCGGCGGCAGGGCAAGCGUGGUAUCUGGAUUAAAUUACCUAUCGAGCUUGCUAAUCUGGUUGAACCCACUGUUAAGGAAGGAUUCUAUUUUCACCAUGCAGAGCAUAAUUACUUGAUGCUGGUGAGCUGGCUUCCGAGUACUCCCAAUACUCUGCCAGCUAAUGCCUCACACCGUGUGGGCAUCGGUGCUUUUGUAUUGAAUGAGAAGAAUGAAAUUCUUGUAGUUCAAGAAAAGAGCGGACGUUUUCGUGGAUCAGGUGUUUGGAAAAUUCCAACAGGAGUUGUUGACGAGGGUGAAGAUAUUUGUGAUGCUGCAGUCAGAGAAGUAAAAGAAGAAACUGGGAAAUACUGGCGUUCAGGUGGUGGAGGGAUGAUAAUUACGAAAGCUACCCAUGAAAUUUCGUUUUGUAAAAUAGAAACAGAAGAUAGUCUUUUCAAUGGAUUUUCUUGCUGUUUUCCUAAAACGAGUGCAUUGAACCUCAGGCAGACCCACAAAUCAUAUUUCGAGAAAUCGGAUUUGUUUUUUUUGUGCAUGAUGCAACCUCUCUCUCUGGAGAUUCAGCCUCAGGAAGCAGAAAUAGAGGCAGCCCAGUGGAUGCCUUAUGAAGAAUAUGUAGCACAACCAUUUGUACAAAAGCACGACCUUCCCAAGAAAAUAGCUGCUGUGUGUGAAUCCAAGAAAAAAGGGAUCUAUUCUGGAUUUUCACCAUUGCCCACAUCUACCGGAUUUUCUCAGAAGAAUGCUUACCUGUACGUUAACAGCCGUGAUCUUGGUCGGAAUUCACUCUGAGGUUAACUUCAUUUUUAUAGUUUUGAAAGCAAAACUUUAGUUUCGCUGGCAUUCGUGUGUGUAUUUCCGUUCUCUGCAUUGAAAAAUAGGUGCUUCGUGUUCAAUAUUUAAGAUCUCGUUAGAAAAAUAUUGUAAUAAAGUAUCAUUAAGCACAAUAUUGUUUCAUAAUUUUUGUCUUACGUUUGAAAAGUCUUACUAAUAUUGUUUAGCCUUUUCACCUCACUAUUUUAUUUGGGUAAA